AUGACAAACAGUUUCACUCCAUGCUCCUCCUCCUCGCCACUUCAUCAACGCAGCCUCGGAAACAUUAGAAUUCCAAGUCUCCCAGACGAUUUGCUGAACAACUCCGAUUCUCCUGUCUCUCAAGUCCAAGGCGGAAGACUGUGGUGGAUCCAACAAGGAACACCACAACGACAAGAAAGGGCCUCAAUGAGCCGGCAACAAAUGUUCGAACGCUCCCUAUUUCUGCUCGAUCAAGCUCUUGAAAUCAUGGAAGAUGACACACCACAUGGGCCAGAUAAGCAGUAA